CUUGCCUUUUCAGCUGGGAUCUGUCCAUUUGGCGUCUAUAAUAAAUGCAGUCAAGGGGCAGUCGCUUCUCGACACUCCCACAGGUCUUGUUUUUGAACAUCACCCUCACAAAAGCCAUUUCUCAUCAUGCCAAACCAACAGAAGAAAGUCAUUUUUUGCACGGCCGGGUUGUUAAGCUUCGUGUGUGCCCUCGGAGUGGUGACAGCCCUGGGGACACCCUUGUGGAUCAAGGCCACUUUCUUCUGCAAAACGGCGGCUCUGCUCGUCAAUGCCUCAGGCCAGGAGCUGGAUAAGUUCAUGGGUGAGAUGCAGUACGGGCUUUUCCAUGGAGAGGGCGUGAGGCAGUGUGGAUUAGGGGCAAGGCCCUUUCAGUUCUCAUUUUUCCCAAAUUUGCUGAAAGCAAUCCCAGUGAGCAUUCACGUCAAUGUCAUUCUCUUCUCCAUAAUCCUUAUUGUCCUGACCAUGGUGGGGACAGCGUUCUUCAUGUACAAUGCUUUUGGCAAGCCCUUCGAAACUCUGCAUGGUCCCCUAGGGUUGUAUCUUCUCAGCUUCAUUUCAGGCUCCUGCGGGUGUCUUGUCAUGAUUUUGUUUGCCUCUGAAGUGAAAAUCCACCACCUCUCAGAAAAAAUUGCAAAUUACAAAGAAGGGACUUACGCCUACAAGACACAAAGUGAAAAAUAUACCACCUCUUUCUGGGUAAUUUUCAUUUGCUUUUUUGUUCAUUUUUUGAAUGGGCUCCUAAUACGACUUGCUGGAUUUCAGUUCCCUUUUGCAAAAUCAAAAGACACAGAGACAACGAAUGUGGCUGCAGAUCUAAUGUACUGAAAGGCAAACAUUUCUGUAAUUUUCCAAGGGAGUGAGUGGACUUACUUUGGUCCUUGGAUAUAGCUAAUUUUGUCCUGCCUUUUAGAUGGCCCAGCUAAAGCACCUAAACCCUCAACGACAAUGUUUACAAAUUAUGUACUAAGGGUACAGGUUGGAAAAUAAGGGGAGCAGACGGAAGACUUUGGAAGGUUUUGUUACCUGGUGGAAAAUUGCUUUGCCCCAGUUGUCAAGGCAGCUGCCAGAAUGGACAAAUUGUUCUUCCACAUACAUAUCAACAUGCAAAAUGCCUGCUCCAUCAGGGAGGAAUCGAAAGGCAAGGGGAAUAUAUUUU